UUCCAGGAGACAGGUCUGAGCGAGACCGGCGUCUGCAGACCAAGAUGACAACCAACCUGAUCAUGGCCAGAGACAGACUCAGGUCCUUAGUGGAGCUUCUCUCCGUCUCCGGGGCUCAGACGGACGUCUCCAGCGGCGUCUCUAACCCCGUCCACCGUCCGUCUCUGCUGCGUUCAGGGACGUCUGGCCGGCCCGGCGCCGUCUCCAGGAAGAGAGACUCUGUCCCCGCACCAACCGGCCGCCCAAAGACGUCCUCCACAUCCUCCUCGUCCUCGGGGGGUGUCCCUCGCUUCGCGCUGCUCGGCCCCCAGCGCCCCCCCGCCCACGCUAACAGCAACAGCCAGGAGAGAACAAGUCGCCGCGGCGCUACGGUCCGGGCCCCGCCGCCGGCGCCGCUGGAAAAGAAAGACACGAAGAAGAACCUGAAGAACGUAGACGGGAAGCUCGCCGACCUCAUCCUGAACGAGAUCGUGGACAGCGGGUCCUCCGUCGGGUUUGCAGAUGUUGCCGGGCAGGAGUUGGCAAAGCAGGCGCUGCAGGAGAUCGUCAUCCUGCCGGCGCUGAGACCUGAGCUGUUCACAGGGCUGCGGACUCCAGCCAGAGGACUUCUUCUCUUCGGUCCUCCCGGCAACGGAAAGACCAUGCUGGCUAAAGCUGUGGCAGCCGAGUCCAACGCCACCUUCUUCAACAUCAGCGCCGCCAGCUUAACCUCCAAAUACGUGGGUGAAGGAGAGAAGUUGGUCCGAGCUCUGUUCUCCGUGGCCAGGGAGCUGCAACCCUCCAUCAUCUUCAUCGAUGAGGUGGACAGUCUGCUGUGUGAGCGGACGGAGGGCGAGCACGACGCCAGCCGCCGCCUCAAGACCCAGUUCCUCCUGGAGUUCGACGGGGUCCAGUCGGGGGGCGAUGAGCGGGUUCUGGUUAUGGGGGCCACCAACCGGCCGCAGGAGCUGGACCAAGCCGCUCUCAGGCGUUUCCCUAAGCGUGUGUACGUGGCUCUGCCCGGCGAGGAGACCCGGGUCCGUCUGCUGAGGAACCUUCUGGAGAAACACAGCAACCCGCUGACUCAGCGAGAGCUCAGCCAGCUCGCCAGACUGACAGAGGGAUACUCCGGCAGCGACCUCACCUCAUUGGCUAAAGACGCCUCCCUGGGACCAAUCAGAGAGUUGCAUCCGGACCAAGUGAGGAACAUGGAGGCCAGUGAGGUGCGAAACAUCUGUUUUAAAGACUUUGUUGAGUCUCUGAUGAAGAUCAAGAGGAGCGUCGGCGCUGAGACGCUGGAUCUGUACACUCGCUGGAACCGGGACUACGGGGACACCACGGCUUCAUGAUGUCCCAGAGACUACAGAGACGCCACGGCUGCAUGAUGUCCCAGAGACUACGGGGACACCACGGCUGCAUGAUGUCCCAGAGACUACGGGGACACCACGGCUGCAUGAUGUCCCAGAGACUAUGGGGACACCACGGCUGGAUGACGUCCCAGAGACUACGGGGACACCACGGCUGGAUGAUGUCCCAGAGACUACGGGGACACCACGGCUGCAUGAUGUCCCAGAGACUACGGGGACACCACGGCUGCAUGAUGUCCCAGAGACUAUGGGGACACCACGGCUGGAUGACGUCCCAGAGACUACGGGGACACCACGGCUGGAUGAUGUCCCAGAGACUAUGGGGACACCACGGCUGGAUGACGUCCCAGAGACUACGGGGACACCACGGCUGGAUGAUGUCCCAGGGACUACGGGGACACCACGGCUGGAUGAUGUCCCAGACACUACGGGGACACCACGGCUGGAUGAUGUCCCAGAGACUACGGGGACACCACGGCUGGAUGACGUCCCAGAGACUACGGGGACACCACAGCUGGAUGAUGUCCCAGAGAGUUUCUGAUCAAAAACUCUGUUCAUGAACUUUUGCACAAUUGUUUCUAUAAAAAAUAAAGAAUCGU